UGAAGAAGAUUUGUUUUCUAUUCAGGAAGAAACUACGGAAGAACCUACGGAAGAACUAAUAGAAGAUACGGAAGAUUUCCAAGAAGAGAAUUUAGCUGGAGAAAAUUCUAUAAAUUUAGCAAUCGAAAAUCUCAUAAAUUUAUCAUCCAAAUUAGAGCUUAGUGAGUCAUCAAGUGUUAUUGAAGAAAUUAUAUAUGGAGAUAAAGAUUUUGAUGUAAACGAAUUGCUUUAA